AUGAAUCGGCUACCAUCUGUUUCCAAUCUCAUGUCCCCUCCUGAAUCUAAACCCAUGGAAAGCUUCAAUACCACUUUGUCAUCUCACUCGACAUCACAGGACUACACCUCGUUUGGCCAUGAGAUGAAACUCCCUCCGAUCUCCAACGAGCGGAAACGAACACAGUCGGAGAUGGACCUACCAUCGCCGCCUGUUACUCCAUAUACUGGAAGUAAGAAAAGGAAGUCGAAUACUCCAGAUGAAAUCGAACAAGACAUUGUGCUCGGUCCCUCUAGGGAUCCUGUUCUCUUUCCCCGUCUGGAGCCUCUGACGGACCUUGCCACUGACGAGCCAUUGUUCGGGCCUAUUCUUCCAGGGUCAGCAGAGGCUUUAGUGGAACACCAUAUCAAAUCUCAUAUGGCGAGAUUCGAUAACAAGUUGAACAAACCAACGCAUGACGAGUAUUUUCUGGCUCUUUCUUGCGUGCCCGUUGUGUCAGCUCAAUAUAACCGUAACCCAGCUGCAUGGGCCAAGGAGGAGCGCGAGACGCUAGAGCGACAAUUGCUAAUGAUGAACCGGUUCCAACCAAAAGCAUUAGAGGCCAAGUUGAAGCGAAUUGCGCCAGCCCCUGUUAAAAGAGUGAUUGUUACGCAACCUCACAUGCAGCGGGUGCCCCGACCCAAGCGUACUCCGAGGUCCACUUCGCACCAACAGCUGCUUGGAUCCUUUGAUUCACCUGUGACGACAAGUGCAAGGCCUUCAAGAGGCGCGGGUACAAAUCGGGAUGACACUGAUUAUAGUUCCAUCAAGGAUUUCUCGCCACCAUUAGAAACACUUGGUGGCAAUGCUAAGGGAUUGAAAGCAGACUGGAAAGGACAGAUGCUAGAUUUGAGCCAUGAUCCAGAUCGGCGUCUGUUGAGCCCAUCUGAGCUCAGUCUCGCUUCCACCUUGAGGCUUUCAUGCGCCACUUAUCUAUGCAGCAAGCGUCGCAUCUUCGAAGCUCGUGUGAGAGCAUUGAUCAUCGGCAAAGAAUUUCGCAAAACAGACGCCCAGCAAGCCUGCAAAAUCGACGUCAACAAGGCAAGCAAGCUUUGGACGGCAUUUGACCGUGUUGGUUGGUUUGGGCCUGAGCAUUUCCAACAAUAUCUGAAGUUACAUGAUUCAUCAAUUGCACCUAGCACCUAG